AUGAUAGCAUCACAUCUGCGUUUACUUGGUAAUGUAUCAACCAUACGCAUAUCAGUGGCAUCGGUCGGUGCGGUAUACGAGGCUGAUUCGGCUCUGCUUCAACCGUUCUACGACAACUACACUCAUGUUAACGAUGCGAUUAUUCGUGUUGCAGCUAAUCUUCCUGACGAUGAAGGCAUCCCACCGAUCAGUGUUGGAAACAUGCUGACGAAAGAGUAUUGCGAGAGCACAGACCCAGAGUACAAACUGAAUCCACAGACACCAACAACGUUCAUCAUUUUCUCAGGAUGGCCCGGCGACAUACCAAACCCCGUUAGCGAUCCAUGGUUCAGCUGCUCAACUGCUCCCAACAAAAAAGUUUUCAUGGUUGGCAUCGAAGAAAGCACAGAAAAGUUAGAUUUACUCGGUGUUCCAUCAACAGAGUUUUACCGCAAAAUGACGGAGUUCACUUGGGAAGCUAUGGAACAACUGGCCGCCGUUAUCGAUUCGAAAAUUUGCGGUGACCCACAACCAGCUGCCGCUGGAAGCGAUGAACGCCUCUUCCGUUCGAGUGGCUCUCACGGAGACAUUCCGAUCCGUAAAGAUUAUGAUGAAGCGCCGCUCAAAUGUACUCAUCCUUGCUAUGAAGAGCCGUGA